AUGGUUUUAUUCAAGGUCGCGUGGAUAUGAAUUUCACCCACCUGGCCUGACAACAGAACGGGAUACGGGAGUUCUGUUCUGCUGCGUUCGCAGCUGUUACAAUUCUCUGACGGUCAUCGAUCCGCGAUUUUGAUCCUGAAUUGCAUAGAGUGAAUCAACACCGACCCAAGAAUCUUUCAAUGCUGCAUGCUUCAGAAUGUUUAAUUAAUGAUUCGGUUUAACCCGAGUAACAGAAAAGAAGCGGCCUCGGUGCGAUCCGAACCGACAGUAGUAAGAGCAAGGGCUGAGUAAGGCCAUCGCUCUAACCGCCAGAGCUAUGAGAUCCCGACCAGGAGUUGUGAAUUUAAUUACACUUCGAUCAAGUUACACGUCUAACCUAAUGUCACGCUGCCGUGGGUUCGAAUCCCAUCGAGCUUGCCGACUUUUCACAGUUCGGUCGAGUGAAUUAUUCCAAUCUGCCUGAAACAUCUAUUAAGGUAUGAGUUUUUGGUUACUGAGAAUCGUACAGUUUCUCUUUUGAGGCGUUUGCGUUUAUUAUUUCAAGUCUUUUUGGGCUGUUCAAUAUGCCAGCUAGCUUAUAUUUAAUCGUUUUACUUAAAAACUCGUCAAAGCCUGCAACAACUGAAGGGAUAUCUAACUCUUCGAGCACUCCGUGAGAACAAAACGCAAGUUGUACCGAUUUUGUCGGUCGAAAUAAGAGACGAUUCUAAAUAAUGGUAUUUUUUGAAAGCAUCACUUUUAAGAAGUGUAGGAAAGAUCCUCGAAUAGAAGGAAAGAUGCAAGACGAUUUUUCUAAAUUUACCAUUAUUGGCCCACUCACACAGCCACUUCAGCUCCCUUGUGAAAUAAAAAUGUCACCACGUGUUCUUCGAAUUAUCGUUCUUGUUCUUUUCAUUUACAGUCAGCGAAUAGUUUUUCUUAACACACUGAGACCUCAGAGGGUAGUGUUUUCGAAUAUUAAGAGCAAUUAUCUUAGAUCCCAAGUGUUCAAGCUAAAAAUAGGCAGCUUACAUUGCCGAAAGUUAUCUCAGGACUUUCUUAAAACAUGCCUUAACAAAAACACCAUGGUGAGUUGGAGCAGAGUCGAAAUGAUUUUUAUCCCUUACAUACUAUAGGUAAAAGAGGAACUAGCGUCUCUAUUCAGUUUGUACAGCCUUUUAAAAGUUAACUGCUUUGAUUUGACAUAGUUCCUUAUUGCGACUAUCUGAAGAGAGUAGUCUCGACUGGAUAUACUAGUUCACAAUGUAGCUCAUCGGUGGCGACCAAUAGUUUGAGAUCUAAAAAGAAAAGAUUACUGGAGACCACGCAUUUCAGAGUUUGAACAUGAGUCGUUAUAGUGAAGGCUGGCAAACAUGCAGCAUUCUGAUCUUCCUGUGCAACGCUUUAACAAACGCAGAAGUUCUCAGACUCUAAAAACUACUCUGCACUUCUUACUGAAGAGGAGCUUUUCGUGGGCCAAGAUACAUUUUCAUCCGGCACAUUCCAAUAAUUAACUGGGACGACAGGGCUCGCUCUUGUGCUGAAACCCAGAAUACACUUUUUGCGAACAGGUUUCUUACUAUCGCUUGAGGUCCCGAAGUACUAUUUAAAAAGCUUAUUACGUGAGAUAAAUUCCAGGUCAAGUGGAAGCCCAACCCAGUUGGGGUUUAAUUUAGACUUCAACUAUGUAGGGGCAUAAACAGGGUUGUUUUUAUAGAGGAAAACAGCUGCGAAUUCUUUAAGUGUGUUGUUCGGAUCCCCGUGCAAUGUGACCCGUUUUUGGUGCAACAACCUCUCAUCUGAAAGGGUACACCAAAAGUAAUUUUCCUACAAAGUAUUUAGAAAUCAAAAAUCAAAUAUAACGGAAUGUUGUUGUACUUUUCGACUACUGAGUAGUUUUUCGGGAAGACUCCUUCCUACGGCUGUUUCUGAUUCUGGAUGAUUUCGAAAAGUCGACCUGUCUUAUUCCAGCGAUCUCAUUGCAUACUUCCGAAUUGCAUUUAUUUGUCAUUCCCCCUUCAGCGGUAUUUUCACAGUAAAACCAACCUACUCAUUUUCUCUCCUGUUCAAAUAUGAGAAGGAACGCCGUAACUGCGAAACGGCUGUUUCACACUAGUCUACUGUUCACAAUCCUGCUGUAACACAGGCGUUUUUGCUCGUAAGUGCGCAGCUCCGGGUCAUGUGCGGUUUUCCCAGGUCAGAAAAUAUGCCAUUUAGGCAGGGAGAUUUACGCAAGCUUUUUAACGGCUGAGGCUGCCCCAACCGUCUGUGAGGUGUUCAUUCUUCUACUGUAGAUUCUGCCAGAAGCCGGCAUAAAUUAGCCUGAGGACACAUCAACGCCGCGGUUGUUUGGGUGAAUGCACUGGCCACAAAACACGUUGUCCUUUUGUUCUAAUUGAUCAUUCGCCUUGUCCUUUCCGAGUGUUUUGGGGAAUGACCUCAUGCGCAUUCUAACUGUAUCUUGUGUGCUUCCUGCAACUGAAUAUUAGGCGACAGACGCAUGCUCGAGUUUGGAGCAAAUAAGUAGAAAAAGGCCGAAUUUUGUCAUCAAUAAAUGAGGUCUAAAAAUCUAACUCCCUGUUGAGACUCUGUGUGCGUACCGUCAGUCUACUUGAAAGAGUUUUAACAGCGAUAACCUAAAAGACUUUGAUAAAUAACGAUAAGACUUUGACGGUUUUAGUCCCUGCGAAAGUUUAACUCCUUGAAAGGAUGCAUAUUUAAAAAUCAACUGUAUGGAUGAGGAAGCUCAAGUGGGCGAAGUCGAUUAUUCUUUGUCAGGCCAGUACAUUAAUAUAGGUCUAGUUAGAGGAGCGAAAUUUGAGAGGUCAAACAACUUAUGAUCAGUAGUCAUAACCUGGGGCAAAUGUGUCCAGACUUGUGGGGCAGUGGGAUCAGUAGAGUCUAGUUUCUGUCAGUGGUACGGGAAGGGAGAGAGGGGAAGAGGCAGGGUAGUCUGACUGAAUUGUGUUUAUGUUCGUCGCUGUGGCGCGACGUGCCAUGAUACGGGUCUGAACUUGCAUGACUCAGCUUUGACCAGGGUAAUAGGAGGGCUGUAAUGAGGGCCUUCUGCGAGCACAAGGUCGGAUUCGUUGGUCGUACGGCCACUGCCUCUGCUGUCGCAAGUAUCCGUUGACGUAGGGACUUGGAGUGUCUUGCAGCACUUUAUGGAUGAUACGGAAUGUUUGGGACGUCUGUCUGGUGGCCGGUGUCAAGCAAGUGAGCCACAGUAGUGCUAGAAAUAGACUUUUCUUCGCCUUGAUAUAGCCAGGCAGGAUGGUGCUUUCGCAUCCGCUUGGAUAGGCGCCUUGUUGUUAGAUCAAUAUAACCCGCCCCACAUAAACAAGUGAACGCGUAAAUGCACAUUGAGGAGGUCUGAAACGGCAGCUUAUUAUUGCUUUCAACGCGGAAACACGGGAUGCUAGAGAAAAGUAGUCUUACUCUAGCGGCAGGGUACAUGCGUGCAAUAGCGCAGUUUAGAUGACGCUAUAGAAGGUCACAGGACGGGUCUCCUCGGAAUGGCAAAGUGAGAAAUAUUUUUUUCUUAUUCACCGUCGGUAUAUUUGAUUUUGUUGAAUGAUCUUCCAUAUAUCUGCUGACAAAUUUAUCGGGGAAACCAUUUUCUCGCAGUGUUUUGUAUGAAGGCGAGUUCGUUCUCCAGUGUAUCCGGAGUACAAAUUCGUCUAACUCUGUUAGUUAACCAACGGGCACAGUCUCGUUUCUGACUUAGAGGAACAAAGCUGUAGAAGUUUGUGUACUGCCUUGUCCAUUAUGGUAAGGUGAUACCAUAGUAACAGCACAGGUACUAGCCAAAAGCCCAUUCACGCGUGUUUCGCCGAUAUUCUGCGCUGCAGGGCGCAGCUGCGAGGGGUUCGUCUCGUCAGUGGGUCCCCCAGCAUUUCCCGUCUGUUUCCUGGCAAAUAUCCCAUUUAGAAAUUGACGCUUUUUAAGUUCCUCAGGAAUUAACUGCGAACUUGGAGUAGAUCAGUUUAUUCAAGGUCUAUAGGCUCAGACCGAGAAUGUUAUGUCGGUCUUUCCUCUGUUUUCUUGCGAUUUACACGAUAAAUUGUCAAUAGAAGCGAAGAGCCGAGUCCCAGGAAGUAGUCUUGAAGAAGGAGACACGAUCGCCGGGACAAGAGCUUUAUUAGCCUGACGUUUCGGAUUCCUACUCGAAUCCAUCAUCAGAGACAAAAGAGCAGAAACGUUUCUGCUCUUUUGUCUCUGAUGAUGGAUUCGAGUAGGAAUCCGAAACGUCAGGCUAAUAAAGCUCUUGUCCCGGCGAUCGUGUCUCCUUCUUCAACAAUAAAUUGUUCCAUCAGGCAUUCUGCUAAAUAGGACGUCCAGAAAUGGCAGGCAUUCUCCCAUCUCUCUUUCCAAAGUGAAGGUUAAUGUUGGUUGAGCCUGGUUUACUUUAACAAGAAGGGCAUCCAAAUCCUAUUUGUCAUCCGCUAUUAGAAAAACGUCACCAACAUAUCGAGCAUCAUCGCCGUAUCACGCUAUUUCAAAGCGGCUGGCAGAAACGCUUAAACCAGUGCAACAUAGAAUAGCACCCUGCAGCCUACGAGACACCUUUGAAUUCAUCAAUUUCGUAAGAAAUAUGAAUCUCGAAGGGAAAACGAUAUUAUCAUUAGAUGCUGUGUCCUUGCUCACCAACAUUCCCCUCACGCUGCCCCACAAGUGUGAACACAUUUAUCCCAAGUUAUGACUACUGUUGAUAGGUUAAUGUUCAUGCUGUUACUGUACUGACCUGAUGAAGAAUAAUCGAAAACGAACGUUCUCCGACUUGAGCUUCUUCAAUGUGUAAAUGGGUAUUAUCAACUGUAUCACUCGAUCUUGUCAAUUGUGUGAGAUAAGCAACAGGGUUGAUCCUUAGUUUUAUGCUAUUUACCGUAUGCUAAAGAUUUUUCGCCAAGACUUCCAAGAAAACUCCUAGCGCAGAUUUAGUUUUCGGGAAUUGUACGAUUUAUUUUGUAAGGAUAAAAAGAUCCAAUGGCAAUUUAUUUAUAGCCAUAUAAAAGGUCUAAAGUGUCAUCGUACAAAAACAAUCUUUUUCGGUAGGGAUUAGGAAACUGUAAGGGGUAUCUGAUUUUCGUGUAGGUUGUUAACCCUUUCCCAUAUUCUAAUUAAUUCUGGAGGCGCUUUUAUUUGUGUUAAUUUUCGUGAACGUUAUUACAGUUUGAAUAAAGCUAGCCAGGGCCCAUAGAGUAUAAAUCCCAUGAGCAGUAUAUGACUUGUGGAAUAUUCGCAUUCAGUGACAAUGUCGAAGCGCAUCCAGAGUUUUGUUAAUGAAAACAUCUGCGUCUCCAUUAGACGAGGUGACAGCUGAACAAUGAAGCAACGCUUUGUGCUCAGUUUAUGAGUAGUAAAUCUUUGUCACUUUCUACAUAUAUAUAUAUAUCAGAGGGGAGACGACAGAGUCUGGGGUUAGAUUGAUACAGCACUGUUUCGGGCUUGUUUGCCUUCAUUCAGCCAAUCAUAACCCUGACCACCAGCAGCUGGUACCGGAAACACAAACAUGCGCUCAGACGCACCUGGCGCAGCUGAUCCACCACUGGGGUCUACCAGAUGGGUAAUAAGCACUUCAUCGAACCGAAGUUCAUCAGUGCCUCGCCACCUGCCAUUCUCUGUCGCUGCAGAUCGGGUAUUUAUUCACUCAGACCAGACUCUGUCGUCUCCCCUCUGCUAUCAUAGCUUGACCGAUUUCGGCCUGGUAGGUGGUUGCCUGUUCGUGACCCCUAUCGCCCAUACGAAGCUUGUUUGCUUCGGGAAGUCAAUGGAUCGGUGUGCGCCCAUUCCUGAGUGAAUAUAUAUAUAUAUAUAUAUCAGGUGAAUAAUUUCAGAAAUUAAUCAGUGCAGGACUUGGAGUGAAAUCUCCGGGACAUGACUUUUUAGGGUCAGAACCGAAAUUUCAAUGAACAUUUGAGUCGAAGACAAUCAACUACUGUGGAAUAACCACGUAAUGCCCAUUCUACAAACAAGUAGUACUACGAGUAGUAUGAAUUCCAUAUGGUAAAGGUAUUAUACCGUACUCCCGACAUAGAUACUUGCUAAAAGACCAGACACGUGUUUCGCCGAUAUUCUGCCGCUGCGUGACACAGCGUGACGCUGCGUGAAGAGCCGAACCCCUCGCAGCUGUGUCACGCAGCGGCAGAAUAUCGGCAAAACACGUGUCUAUGCUUUUAGCAAGUAUCUAUGUCGGGAGUACGGUAUAAUACAUUUACCAUAUGGAAUUCAUACUGCUCGUAGUACUACUUGUUUGUAGAAUGGGCAUUACGUGGUUAUUCCACAGUAGUUGAUUGUCUUCGACUCAAAUGUUCAUUGAAAUUUCGGUCCUGACCCUAAAAAGUCAUGUCCCGGAGACUUAACUCCAAGUCCUGCACUGAUUAAUUUCUGAAAUUAUGCACCUGAUUAUUCUCUGGAGUUCAUAUACCAGAAACCGUUAGAGAACGCUGGGGGUCCCACUGAAGAGCCGAACCCCUCGCAGCUGUGUCACGCAGCGGCAGAAUAUCGGCAAAACACGUGUCUGGGCUUUUAGCAAGUAUCUAUGUCGGGAGUACGAUAUAAUACAUUUACCAUAUAUAUAUAUUCACUCAGGAAUGGGCGCACACCGAUCCAUUGGCUUCCCGAAGCAAACAAGCUUCGUAUGGGCGAUAGGGGUCACGAACAGGCAACCACCUACCAGGCCGAAGUCGGCCAAACUAUGAUAUAUAUCGCGUUCAUCAUCCCCCAAAGAAGACGAAGAAGAAGAUAGGGCGCAUACAUGGACCGAGUUAUAUUUGUACUGACGUUUCGGAAACCUUCUCGUUUCUAUCGUCAGAGUAAUGUGUUGACAGUUCCUGCUGGUCUUGUUUGCGUCAGCCUUGAUACCUGCCUGGUAUUAUAUCCGUGCGCGGGGCACGAACUCUGACCUGUCCGUUCGCCGCCGAUUAGCGUUGGCCUCUCCACGAUUGACCACCGGUGGGCUCCUGCCACCAAAGCAGCCCUCCACUGACGGCGUCUUGGUUCACAACUUGUCCUCCCAACGUUUCAGUCAGCAACAACUAGCCAUUCUAUCCUAUGACGCAAAGUUCAGCACAAGAGAUGCUCGACCAAAAGACUUUAUUGCAUCCUUCGAAUCGGCGCUCCAGAAGUGUGAGGCAGACGAGGAGUGCAAAAACGUCAUUCGACAACAAGUGUCGACUUUACUCCUCCAACAUAGACGCCAGACGACGAUUUCUAAGGCAGAAGAUCGAGAACUUCUGAAAAUACGAAAACUAGAGGAUAUCGUCUCCCUGCCCGCCGACAAGGGGCGCUCUACUGUCGUCAUGGAUAAGGCUGAGUACUGCAAAAAACUGGGCAACCUCUUGAUGGUCAAGGAAGCCUAUGCGCCAUCAACUGUCAGCGAGUUCAAAAAGCUCGUAAACAGCAUAAACAAGACGAUCGGCAAGCUGAGGAAGACGGGCGCUCUUACUAGAAGGGAAGCGCUGGCCGCAAAUGCCAGUGAUGCCGUAAUGGCGCGCUUCUACGGCCUACCAAAGAUCCACAAGCUGGGAGUGCCGCUACGCCCCAUCGUCUCCUUACGUGGUACCCCAAACUUUUGGCUGUCAAAGUGGCUGUACCAGCGACUUUGUUUCCUUACCAAGGAUUCAGAGUGGACGGUGAAGUCGGCUGAAGAGUUUUUGUCGCGCAUCAAACGUCUCGAAGUGGAGGCAGAUGAGGUGAUGGUGUCUUUUGACGUGAUCUCAUUGUUCACGUCCAUCCCACCCGCUCUGGCUAUCGACACUAUUGACGGUUUUCUCCGGGAAAAGUAUGAUGAGACCGAUCAACAGCUCAAAGGAGUUCACAUCAUCGAGCUCCUAGAACUAAGUCUUAAGACGUUCUUUACAUUCAACGGCCAGGUCUACGAGCAAAAGAAGGGGACACCGAUGGGCUCGCCUCUAUCUGGAUUGAUUACCGAAGCGGUUUUUCAGAGGCUUGAGCGGCUGGUCUUCAGCUCGUACCCCCCAAAAUGCUGGGCCAGAUACGUCGACGACACUUUCGUUAUCAUCAAAAGGAGCGAUGUGCAGACUUUCAAGGCACUGUUGAAUUCAAUCUUUCCCGACAUCCAGUUUAUUAUGGAAGAAGAGCUCAACAAUCAGCUGGCCUUCCUUGAAGUACAAGUAAGAAAGCUGGAGGACGGGAAGAUAAGGACAACGGUCUACCGCAAAGCAACUAACACCAGGCGAAUCCUCCACUUCAAGAGCAACCACCCCGUUGGUCACAAACGCAGUUGUGUCAAGACCCUCUUCCAACGCGUUCAAACACACUGCAGCGACGAAAAUGGGAGGAAGGAGGGGAUUAAGUACUUGCACGCCCUAUUUAGAGCCAACGGUUAUCCCAAGUCCUUCAUAUGCAAGUGUCUUAAGAAGCCCCACCCUGAGCGGUCGGACGGAGAAAACCCGAAAUUUUGGCUCGCAAUCCCUUAUGUGAAAACGCGUCUGAGGCGACGGCAAGAAUCCUGA